AUGAAUCCGUUGUCGUCUUUUAUGUCUUAUUUUGCCGCUGGCCACGACGACAACAACAGGCAACAACACAUCAAUGAUGAUGAUGAAGAAGAAGAAGAAGAAGAGUCAGAAGAAGAAAAAGAACAUGAAGAAAAGGAAGAAGCAAAAGAAAAAGAGAAAGGAGACAAUAAAGACGGAGAAAGAAGAAGAAAUGAAACAGUGAAAGAUUCGACAACCCGGCUAGAAAGUGACAUUGUGGUCGUUGUAGACGAUGGCAAUGAAGAAGUGUCAUCAAUAGGUUUAACUGUUAAAGAGGACGAAGAAGAAGAGGUAGAUGAUGCUAGAGGUUCGGACAGUGGUCAGUCUUGUGGGGCAAGAGCAACAUCACCAACGCCUACAACGUCACGAUGGCCCCGAAGACAACCUCAGCCUCCUCCAGCUCAUCUUAAAAAAUACCUGUUCCCGAAAUCAGAGACUGUGGAAGAAAUUCACCCGGAAGAUGUAAGGUGGAUGUAUAGGGAUGCUUCCAAGAAAAAAUGGAUUCCGUUCAUAGGAUACGAUUCGUUGAGGGUCGAAUUCAAAUACCGGGAGUUGGUAGUUACUGCUUCCGACCCGGAUAAAACUGUGGAGAUGAUUGUUGUGCGUGGGGGUCUUUAUGAGGUGGAUGUGAUAUCGCGAAAAUGUUAUCCUCUCUUUUGGUCAGGUGAUACCGCUGAUGUCAUUCGAGGUGUAUGGUUUUAUGAGGAUACAUGGCAGCCAUUAGAUGAAGAAACUGCUGUCCACAUAGAAUCGGAACAUUUAGUCAAGUUUUUGGGACAUAUGGUUCAAGUUGAUUUAACAGACUCUGGAAAUAAUAAACUCUCAAAACCAGUGGUUCAUAGAGUAUCCUUCACCGAUUUUCAUGUAGAAUGGAAGCUGCCAACAGAAGUUUAUAUGUUCAGUGACUCCACACCAUCCAAAAUUGUUCGCUCUGUAAGCCAGUCAUUAGGGUUUCAGAAAACUGGAACUAAACUCAGUCGUGGAUACUGUGAUGAAGCUAAAAUGGAUGACAAGCCACCAGACAUCACUCAUUUGGUUUUUGUUGUACAUGGUAUUGGUCAAAAAAUGGACACUGGCAAUAUAAUAAGGCGUUGUAAUGAGUUACGUGAUACAGUUGACCGUUUAAAAAAGAAGUAUUUUCCUAAACUUGAUAAUAUUAACCAAAGAGUUGAAUUCCUCCCAGUGGAAUGGAGAUCAAAUCUUCAACUUGAUGGUGAUACUGUGGAGCAUAUUACACCACAGAAAGUUAAAGGCCUUCGAACUAUCUUAAAUAGCAGUGCUAUGGAUAUAUUAUAUUAUACUAGUCCACUUUAUCGGGCAGAGAUUACUCAUGGUUUGCAAUCAGAAUUAAACCGACUCUAUACUAUGUUCUGUGUUCGGAAUCCCUAUUUUCAUUCAAAUGCUGGCAAAGUUUCAAUUGCUGCUCAUUCUCUAGGUGCUGUGAUUACAUAUGACAUCAUCAUUAGUUGGAAUCCCAUCAAGCUUUAUGACCAGUUUGUGACUUCUCUCAUUGUUGACAAAUUAACACAACUAGAUGAAAAACGGGAACAAAUCAAAGGAAGUUCUCAUCUCCUCUCGGACCUUGAUGAGGCCCGAGUUCGAGUAUCAGAAAUUGAAUCCCAAUUAACCACACUCCAAGAACAACAACAAAAAGGAUCACAGUCUCUUAAAUUCAAGGUGGAAAAUCUUUUCUGCUUAGGUUCCCCUUUGGCUGUUUUUCUUGCCUUACGUGGUGUCCCACUUCAUGGUUGUGAUAGCAGUGGACAGCCAAACAUCAUUCCACCUGAAUUUUGUAGAAGAUUGUUUAAUAUCUACCAUCCUGCUGACCCAAUUGCUUAUCGCCUUGAGCCUUUGAUUUACAAACAUUAUGCAUCAAUCUUACCUGUUGAAAUCCACCGUUGUGACUCUGCACUGAAACGACCUUAUUCAGAAUGUGUGAGAAGAGUAAGUGCACCAGAAUCAUUCCCAGGAUCUGUGAGUGAACAAAACAUUGCUAGCUCAGAAUCAGAGUUGGAGAACACAGGAACUGAAACAGAAUCAGACUCUGCAUCUCUGCCUAAACAAGCAGGUUUCUCUUUUGGUAACAUGUUCCUCACAUUCAUUAAAAAAUCUCCAUCAGAAAAUUUGAGCCCAGAAUUAAAAGAAUUGAAGAAAAUGGAAAAUGAAGCAAAAGAGUUAGAAGAAAUGGGUCCUGAACCAAUUCCAACCUGUUCUUUAGCAAAUGCACCCAAUACUUUGACAGUCGUUAUUCAUGGAAUAUCUAUCUAUCUAUCUAUCUAUCUAUCUAUAUCUAUCUAUCUAUCUAUCUAUCUAUCUAUCUAUCUCUAUGAACCAAAAUGGAGUUUCCCAAGACAGCCGACGACUCAAGAGAUUAGAACUCUUAAGAAUGGAACAUCCAGGCAAGUUUCAUUUUUUGGCUUCUUGGAUUGA